AACCGCAUCGCAUCACCAGACCAGAACGGCUAGCAGGCAGAGCAGAGAGCCAUGCUGAAACGGCGGAGGAUAUGGAUAGCGGUGGAUGAGUUGGAAGCGCAGAGAGCGAUGGAGGAGGAGAACCGAGAGCGGCGACGGCGAGAGGGCGAGGGAAGGGGAACCGCGGCGGCUUGAGAAGACGAACAGAUCUGCGGCCAGCAAUGGCAGCAUCGAUCUGGAUCUUCUUGACUGCACCAUCUGCAUGGAUCCCCUCCGCCCUCCGGUCCUCCAGUGCACAGUUGGGCAUGUAAUCUGCUCGUCCUGCCAUGGCAGCCUACUGAACAAGGACAGCUGCCACAUGUGCACGGCCACCGGCGGCUACAAUCGAUGCAUCGCGCUCGACAAAAUUCUUGAGUCAUUCUGUGUUUCCUGCUCCAAUGCCGUGUACGGGUGCACUGUGAAGACACUCUACUACAAGGCUAAAGAUCAUCGCAAUUUGUGCCCGCACGCGCCAUGUUUCUGCCCAGGACCCGCCUGCAGCUUUGCCGGCACAACCGUCAAGCUCCUGGCUCAUCUCACCGGCGAUCACAAGUGGAAAUCCAAGGAGGUUAAGUACGACGCCAAGUUCACUCUGCCUGUCAAAGAAGGGACGUGGGUUCUCCAUGCCCAAGGCCACGCGCCCCUGUUCCUGGUGAAAUUCACCCCGGCGCCGCCUUUCGGCAACGUCGCCUCCGUCCUGUGCGUCGGUCCUCAUGCCACUGCUGAGCAUAGGUUCAGGUGCUGUCUUCGUUGCAGUGGCCCCGCCAUCGGUCAGCAGAAAUCCUCUGAUUUCCUGGUCAGGAGCACCACCCUCUCCGAUGGGUUACAGCUGACAGAGUAUGAUGGCUCCUUACUGUUUGCUUCUAGCACCCGCAGCAUCACUGCCCAUAUCAGAGAUGUAGUGCGUGACAAGCAUAAGCGUGGGAUGUCGAUCCGUUUGCGGUAGCUAGUUGAUCCUUGUUUGUGCGAAGACAGUGUGUUGUGUCAAGAGUAAGCGUGGGAAGGAGAUGGAACAAAUUGAACUUCCGUAUGUUGUAGCUAGUUGACCCGUGAUGGCUGUGUACCUCAACCGAUGCACAGGCUGCGAGUACUUGAAGUGAUCAAAACAUGUUUACAGAGUUAUUGUUCAGGUAUCCAUGUACGCAUUUACCUAAUGCUUCCAUCCCAACAUUGAUGUCAUUUUGGCUAGCUGAAAGCAUAUAUGUAGUGUAUGCUCCAUGGAGAAAUUCCUUGUGCCUUUUUGGAUUAUUAGCAGACUCCAUUAACUGAUUGGGUGCCUACCUGCCUUUUGAUAGCUUGCUGUUGGUUAGACUCGGUUCGAACAAUUUAUACCAGUUUUCAAUAUGACAUGUAAGAUGUUGGGUGACCUCUUUUCAGCAGCUCUACACAUGUUACUCUCUUGUUCAAGCUCUGGUACUAAGAUUUUGAUUAGCAAGUACUACUAAACAUGCACUUGUGUUACAUGUAAAUUAGUUGCAUGCCAUGUUGAGAACUUGCCUUCUUGGCUCUUGAUUUUUGGAGUUAUUACCUGGUUCUGCUUUUUAUGGAUAAGACUAUUGAGAUGCAGCCGUGUUGCUUUGCCUCUAAUAUUUCCAUUCCACCAUGAUGGACGGCUGCAGCAACACACAUCUUUAUUGUCUCUACCCACAUGCUCUUGUUCUACAUGACCAGAUGUUCAAAACAUCGUCGUGUCAGUGCUGGCCAAGGAAAUCCAGAUGGUUGUCAUGUAGGUGAUCUCUAUGUUAGCUUCAAGGUCAGCCUCAACAGUCAAUGGGAGGUUUAUCCCUAAUAAAAUGUUCAUGUGGAAAAUAGAAAAUAUAUUAGAUCUUGUUUGGUUAAGUAAGCAGUUUUGUGAUUUGAACGCCAAAAGUAUUUAAUUCCAAAGUUGUUUUGUGUGCGCAGGCUUAUCUGAGUGCAAUCAUCUUAUGCACAUGAUUUUCAAAUUUCAGUAAGCUCGGAAUGCUACAGUGUUUUCUGAAAGGUUGGUUAAACUGCUGGCUGCUUUUGAGGAAGGUUAUGGUGAAGAAUCAAGUGUUUUGCUCAACAAAGAGCCAUUAAUCACCUUGACCAUGUUGUAUGUCCUCUGAUUUCUUCAGUUAAAAGGCCAUCGAUUGCUGAACUGUGUCUACUCUGCUACACUCCCUUAUGAUAUCCUACUUCCUCCGUAAACAAAUAUAAGAGCAUUUAGAUCACUAUAGUUCUUUACAGAGGGAGUAUAUCAGUAAAUGCAGACAAACGAAUUACACAACUAUGUUUUUUUUUCUUUUACAGUACAAC